UCGCGAGAGUGGCGUCUGAAGGCCAUAGCGGAAGCUGGGCUGCGGCGCUCUUGCUGCGGGCGGGGGGAGGAAAAGGAAGCCCAGGAGGGGAAGAAGAGGGGGCCGCUCGUAGCGGAACCCCCAGCGGCUUACGGGCGGAUUGGCCCUCGCUGCCGUCCCCUGCAUGUAAAAGACGGAGCCAGAAGUCCAGCAGAAAGCGGGAGCACGGAGGAGAGUGUGCGGGCUGAACCGGGAGUACCCGGAGAAGGAUUCAGGGGAGAGCCCUUCCAAUCCAGCCCCACUAUUGCUGCCCACGGCCGGCCCGAGCAUGGAAGCCAUCGCCAAAUACGAUUUCAAAGCCACCGCAGACGAUGAGCUCAGCUUCAAACGGGGGGAUAUCCUUAAGGUUUUGAAUGAAGAAUGCGAUCAAAAUUGGUACAAGGCAGAACUCAAUGGCAAAGAUGGAUUCAUUCCCCAAAACUAUAUUGAAAUGAAACCACAUCCGUGGUUUUUUGGGAAGAUUCCCCGAGCAAAGGCAGAGGAGAUGUUGGGCAAACAGAGACAUGAUGGUGCCUUCCUCAUCCGGGAGAGUGAGAGCGCUCCGGGAGACUUCUCCCUUUCUGUCAAAUUUGGAAAUGAUGUACAACACUUCAAGGUGCUUCGAGAUGGGGCUGGCAAGUAUUUCCUCUGGGUGGUAAAGUUCAAUUCUCUGAAUGAGUUAGUAGACUAUCACAGAUCAACUUCUGUCUCCAGGAAUCAGCAGAUAUUCCUCCGGGACAUUGAGCAGGUGCCUCAGCAACCCACGUACGUUCAGGCUCUUUUUGAUUUUGACCCCCAAGAGGAAGGUGAGCUGGGCUUCCGCCGUGGAGACUUUAUCCAGGUCCUUGACAAUUCUGACCCCAACUGGUGGAAGGGAGCCUGCCAUGGACAAACAGGCAUGUUUCCGCGCAACUACGUGACCCCGGUGAACCAGAACAUCUAGAGCAGCUUAUUAAAGAUUAUUUAAGGAACACGAGAAACAAUAAAGUACCUAUUCAGAGUCUAACUGCAGCCAGUGAUCUCCAGUCAUCAGGCCAUAAAAAUCUGACUCACCCCUCUGCACGAGGGGGGAACACUUUUUUUACUCAGUAUGGAACUUUGUGGGGGAGGGGACAGGAGAAGGGUCCAAUGUAUGCGCCAAAACUUACCUUUUAAAUUCAACAGAUAUUAACAGGUUUCUUCAUUGUUCCUGGAUGGCCCCUUUUGUGCACUCUUCCUUUCUCCUCCAACACUGAGACAUCAGUUGAUCAGUGCAUGAAGUUUUAAUGCUAUAUGAAGUCUGUUCUGUGCCGUUCAAGGGAGAGGAGGAACUCUGCUGGUGUUUGCUGUUUCCGUAAACAGUCUUCAUGAAGGGACUAAGAGGGGAACCAAACCCACAACCCAGCUUUUUAAUGAUAAAACACUCUCUCACACACAUCCCAUUCUGCUUUUUGCCUUUGAUCGCCAAUGUUUUGCCUGGGAAAGAUAGGUCGUACAUUUUUUCUCCAUCUGGAAUUGCAACAACCCUUGGGCAGAGGGAAGAUGAUGGGCUUUCUUCUCCCCAUGGGCUGCAAGGAUGUUCAGAAAAGUUCUAAACUGCAGCCAGAUCAUGUUCACAUUAAGGACUGCUGUUUUUUUCAUGUGUGUGGUUGAGCACAUUCUUGAAUUAUUUUUUCCAUUAGUGCCUUUUCCUUAGGUUAAAAGGACAGUCCAGAGCUUUUCAUAUCUCCUCUCCCUCCACCCCCUGCUUUUGUGUAAAUAUUUUAGGAGUUUAAUGGCUAGGAGGGUAGUUCUAUUAAAUACAAGCACCUCCAUAGACCAGAUUGAACUUUUAAAGCUUGUAUAAGCAUCUGAUAUUCUUCGUUACCGAUUAAAUGUUCUCCAAAAGAUGGAGUUAGGAGGACCUGUAGCCAGGAUCCUUAUGCAAGAGAAGCAAGAAGAUCAUAACAUUACGAUUAGGCUAUAUUAUAUGAAGCUACAUUAGGAUGGAGAGUGAAUAUUCUAGAAUGACCUGUGAAAUACGUAUUUUUCCCAAAUACUGCAGGGAAGCCUCAAGAAAUUGUGCUUAAUCACAUCUAGUGAAUGUUUAAACAUGAUGCUCAGUGAUUUGUUGUUCGGUUCCCUUUUACAGCUGGCUGGGGCACAAAUGCAAUCAUUGACUGUUCCUCGAAAAGAAAGUUGGUAUCUUUGUACUCCCGCAGUUCCCUGCCUCCUCAUGUCAGUGUUAUCGUAGGUGGAGGAGUCAGUGUUGUGCUCCCGAUUCACAGCAGGCUGUGUAGGGACUGUAUUUCAGGCCUGUACCCCCACCCCCCACAACAACACUCACUGAUGCUAUCUAUGGCUUCAUCAGUGCUUUGAAGUAAGAUGGGAGAGAGCAAGCUUGCAGAGCUCUUUGUGCCAAUAAUCAUCUUAUUUCCUGUUGCUGUGCCACACAGCUGAAACUCUCAUCCCAAUGACACUGAACCCCAAAGCCUCCACAGAGAUUUCCUGUUCCGCCCAAAUGGAGACAUUCCUGUGUUGGUGGGUGCCUUUUUUAUACGAAGUAUUACAAAUGUGUUAUUCCAGAGAUGGACUCUGCCUUACACUUGUUUCUCCAGCAGAUGAAAGAGAGCUAUCCCGUAGCGUGUUAAUUCUCCCCCUUUCCUUGCUGUCUUUUUCUCUCCCCCACUUCUUUCUUUCUAAAAUGAUUGGAAAAUGAAUCUAUGGCAUUCUACACUUGGACCAUUUGAUUGUUUUCUUAUCUUGGAAUUGGUGUAUAUCAUGCAGCCUUGCAGACAUAAUGUCUUGUGUGUAUAUAUAUAUUAAAACAAAUUCAGUGUUUAAAUAAAAAGGCCUAUGUACGUAAUCCUUUAACUCUGCA